ACCCAAUACUAUCAUCAUGAUACCAAAUAAACUUCCUCCAUUCAAUCAAAAGCAUAAUAAUGCUUUUCUUCUUCAUCUUUCUUCGAUAAUGCCAAUAGUUGAUUCUUCUCCCUCAAACAGACAAAUCUUUAGAGAGAUCAAAAAAGAUCUUCGUGUUUGGACAGACCAACAACAAUGUUGGGAUGGAAAUGUUUCCAAUGGAGCAGAAUUCCCGAUUCCUUACAUUCCCGCCAUCGGACCUUCUCACUCCCGUCGCCGCUUCCCAAAUGGCCUCCAGGUCAAGGAUUUGCUAAUGGAAGAAUAAACAUAGGAGAGUUAGAAGUUGUUAAAAUCACCCAAUUUGAGUACAUCUGGGAUUGUGAUUACAAGAAUUCAACCGUUGCAUUUUAUAAACCCGUAGCUAUACCAGAUGGAUUCCGCAACCUUGGUUUCUAUUGCGAAUCUAGCGAUUGUUCUUCGUCAAGAGGAUUCGUUCUAGUGGCUAAGGAAGUGGUGUCAUCUUCGGACAAUAUACGUUACUGUCCUGCUCUGUUAAAGCCGCUUGAUUAUAAGUUAAUAUGGUGCUCUAAUGAUGGACAUGGAGAAACCUUUAAUGGGUCCGGCUGUUUCUGGUUUCCAAACCCACCAGAAGGUUAUGAAGCCAUGGGUUUCGUGGUCACUACUACCCUUAACAAGCCCGAACUCGAUGAAAUUUGGUGCGUACGAUCCGACCUAACUGAUAGAUGUGAAACUUACAGACUUUUACUCGAUACCAUUUCAAGUUUCUCCGAUUCAUUGUUUCGAGUAUGGGAAAUUCGACCCUCUAAUCGCGGAAUGCUCGGUAGAGGCGUUCAUUUAGGUACAUUUUUCUGUAGUAACUUCGGUGGAAGCAUUGGGGAACAUGUAAAUAUAGCUUGUUUGAAAAACUUAAAUCCAUCACUACAAUGCAUGCCAAAUCUCGACCAGAUUCAUGCAAUGGUUAGCCAUUAUGGUCCCACGUUCAUCUUCCAUCCGGAUGAGAUAUAUCUCCCAUCCUCUGUUUCUUGGUUUUUCAUGAACGGUGCACUUCUUUACAAACGAGGAGAAUUGGUUGGUGAACCUAUUGAAGUUGCGGGUUCUAAUUUACCUGCGAAUGGAACUAACGAUGGUGCGUAUUGGAUAGAUUUGCCUAUUGAUGAUAGACGAGAGCAUGUUAAGCGAGGGAAUGUAGAAAGUAGUAUUGUGUAUGUUCAUGUUAAGCCGGCUUUAGGUGGAACUUUCACAGAUAUUGUGUUUUGGAUAUUUUGUCCAUUUAAUGGACCUGGAACUCUUAAGCUUUGUAAUAUUAAUAUCCCUCUUGGUAAAAUCGGGCAGCAUGUAUGUGAUUGGGAACAUGUUACUCUUAGGAUAAGCAACUUCACGGGCGAGCUUUGGAACAUGUAUUUGUCGCAACAUAGUGGUGGUAAAUGGGUGGAUGCUUCGAAUUUGGAGUUUAUAGAAGGAAACAAAGCUAUUGUUUACUCGUCAAGAAAUGGGCAUGCUAGUUUUCACCAUCCCGGUUCAUACAUUCAAGGGUCUAAGAAGCUUGGAGUUGGGAUUAGGAACGACGCUGCUUAUAGUAAUUUCAGAGUGGAUUCGAGUGUGCGUUAUGAGAUAAUUUCAGCUGGAUACUUGGGGAAUGGAGUUGGUUUUGUUAAGGAACCGUGUUGGUUGCUUUUCAUGAGAAAAUGGGGUCCAAAAGUUAGUUAUAGUAUAAGAAAUAAGUUGGAUCAAAUUGUGAAUCGUUUGCCUGUUGGGAUCGGUUGUAGGUUGAAGAAUGUGGCUUAUAAGUUGCCGGUUGAAUUAUAUGGGGAGGAUGGACCUACAGGGCCUAAGGAGAAGAACAAUUGGGUCGGGGAUGAAAGAUCGUAAACAAAUGUGGGUGACUAACCAACUAACUAUUUUUCAAUGUCUUAAAUAUUGUUUUCUUAAUUUUAAUCAUUUUUAGGCUAGUUUUGUUCUAUAUUGAAUGGGAUAUGGUCCUAGCAUUGAAUAUAAACAUGA